UUCCAAUUCUCUGUUGUCAUAUAAUGUUAUAAAAACUUCAGUUGCACAAUAUUCAGCUCAAAAUUUCCAUUCUUGAUAUCCCAUUGAAGCCCAAGCAAUAGAACAUCUCUCAUCAACAUGGACACAGCAGCUCCCAAGUUUCUCUUUUUAUGCCUUCUCUCUAUCCCCAUUGUCUGCUCCUCAGGGGCGAUUCGGUCUGCGGCUGAGGGUAUUCAUCAACAAGAACUUCGAAGAGAUGAGAAUAUGCUCCAUCCGUCCCGUAGAGAAUUAGUAACUAAUCCUGCAGCCACAAACCCUGUCACUGUCACUGCGCCGCCUGAUACUUCAACCCCCGCGAUCGUCACCGUUUCCCCCACUCCAGUCUCCACACCGGUAACAGUUUCUCCUACAACACCUACCACAAGUCCCACAAAUCCUGCAGGCCAGGUGACCAAUCCGGUAACGACUCCCAGCACCAAUAAUCCUGGCGGCCAACCGGUGACAAAUCCUGCCACCCCAACAGGCGGCGUUCCCACCACGACUCCGGUUGUGGGGCCUCCUGCUGCCACCAAUGCACCUGCUGCUCCAGGCCAGAGCUGGUGUGUGGCAAAGAAUGGAGUGCCAGAGAAAACUGUUCAACAGGCAUUGGAUUAUGCUUGUGGGAUUGGAGGAGCAGAUUGUUCAGCCAUCCAGCAAGGUGCAAGCUGCUACAAUCCUAACACUCUCCAGAACCAUGCUUCAUAUGCCUUCAACAGCUAUUACCAGAAGAAUCCAGUGCAAACAAGCUGUGAUUUUGGAGGUGCUGCUACCAUCACCAAUGUGAAUCCAAGCUCUGGUUCUUGCAUUUUUGCAACGUCGGCUUCAUCCUCAACAUCACCAACAACGGCAUCUCCGACAACACCAACUCCAACAACGGCGUCUCCAUUGACUCCUACUCCAACUACAGAAUCUUCUACUGGAGCAACAACAACCAGUACCGGUGCUCCACCAGCCAUGUUGAAUUCAAGCUACCCUGCACUGGGAGGUGCCACCACAGGCUAUGGAGAUAGCCCUCUCAGUGGCAACACUUCUUCCAUUUCCAUGUCGAGCAGUCUGCGGCCAUUCAUCAGCUGCAUUGUUGUGGUGACAUCUAUUAUCACAGGGAGGCUAGUUUAGAAUAGUUAGAGCCAAAAUCAAAGAAACAGAAUCUCAUUGCUCAAGAAUAUGUAAAGGUUUGCAGGAAACAUAGUCUAAGAAUUUCCAGUGCGUCAGGAUUGUAAUAUGCUCAAGGGUCGAUCUGAUCAGCAUUAGAUUCAGUUUCCACAAUUAUACUUGGUGGUUCUUGAGAUCCUUGUUAGGACCUAACAUAUAUAGUAUUUGUGAGAGGGCAGAUUGAUGUAUUAAGAGCUUGUUUCCAUUACUAAGAUCUUUGUAGAGGUAGUGGCAUCUAAUGUCCUUUGAAGUUUAAAAACUAGUAUGUAGCACCAAAAAACAGCGAGGUGUAGACAGAAUUUAUGAACAGCAUUGCAAAUUUUCUGCUUUUCA